AUGUUCAAGGCAGCCAGCUUCUAUAAACUGUAUUAUCCGUCUUUAUCCAUUACCGUCGUUCUCGCUGUUGUAUUAUGGGCACAGCGCAGCAACGAAAUCUACCUGACCAUAAAUUUGGUUGACGUCGAAGACGCUAAACUUAAUGUCGCAAAGGAAAAGAUUAGCUUUGAGGGAAUUGGUGGAACCGAACGGAAGAAAUAUGGAUUUGAAUUGGAUCUAUGCAAAGAGAUCAACCCUGAUACUUCAAAACGGCAUCAAACGGCUCGUCAAAUUGUUUUAGUUCUUGACAAAGCGGAACACGAUCAAGCAUAUUGGCCUCGUUUGCAAAAGGACAAAGUAAAGCCCAGAUUCUUGAAGACCGAUUUCCAAAAGUGGAAGGAUGAAAAUGAUGAUGAGGACGACGACAAUGUGAAUCCGGUUGGAGGAAUGGACUUUUCUAGUCUGAUGGGCGGUGGUAUGGGCGGUGGUAUGGGUGGGAUGAGCGAUGAUGAUAGCGACGAAGAAAUGCCUGAUCUAGAAGCCGUCCCUAAAACUGACACCGAUUCCAUGAAAGUAGAAGAGAUUAAAGAAGAGGCCAAAGAAGAGGAAAAGGAGGAGGUUAAAGCAAGCACAUAA